AUGAAUGAGACCCUGCCUCCGUUCGAUCGAGGACUGCGUGCCCAAGGCCCUUUUGCUCGAGUCAGUAUUUUUUCGGCGAAGAUUUUCGGACAUGUCGCUCCUAUUGGUGUUUUCGUGUGGUUGGAGUUUGGGCGUAAUCGGUGGCAACUGUAUACCAAUUAUGCGACAUCUGCGUUGAUGACUCUUGUCUUUGCUUUCUUGGCUUGUCUGCGUGAGUGCUAUUGUACUUAUACGAAUAUCUGCACGGACGUCAUUUUCAAGUUGGACGCAACGCUUGAGGGAGAGCUCCGUCGACUCAGCAAGGAUUCAAUUCCAUAUAAAACGGAGGAUAUCAUGCCUCCCAAGGCGAUCUUCUACUAUGGAGAUGUUAUCGGUACACUCGCGAGUAUCAUCUUCCUUGUGAUUGUCAUCAUCACCUGGGUGGCCGUCGGUCCAGUUUUCGAGUUCAACAACCCCUGGUGGCUUCCCAUCGGCACUUAUGCUGGGCUGGUUGGUCUGUUCGAUAGUUUUGUGCUGCGCAAUAUUCAGAGCAAGGUCAGCGAAUACACUAACGAGCAAAUCCGGGCUCUGGAAAAGCAUGAUAUGGCAUUGUAUUAUGGACUGUUGAUGCCGAUUCCGUAUGGUCGACUGAAGGCUCCCUCGCUGAGCCAGCGCAUUUCACGCUACAUCAACACCCUCAGUUCGCACUUGUUUAGGGUUGUUUCCGGGGUUUCUCUCACUAUAGGAUGCAUUGUGGCUUCUAGUGCGACGCGUUGGAGCUUGACAGGUCAGCUGGUCUCCAAUGUUCCACCUAGUAUUAUCGGGACGUUCUUUAUGAUCAUUUUGAUUACUGGUCACAAUUAUGCCGAGAAGAAAAUGCGUGUUUGA